AUGAAGCCACGGAUUUUGCUGACCAUUUUACUGACAUUUGUCAGUUCUUAUUUAUGUAGCAGCAUGGAGCUGGCCUUCUUGCUGGAGCCCAGUGAUGUGAUUGCUGUGAGGGAGAGACCUCUUAUGCUGGACUGCCGGGUGGAGGGUGAAGAACCUAUCACUGUUACAUGGCUAAAGAACGGGCGACCAUUACUCACAGGAGCUGGUACACGGAACACACUUCUGUCUAAUGGCACUUUGUUGAUCCAAAGUUUUCAAAAGAAGCGAGAUGGAGAUGCCACCGAUGCUGGCGAAUAUCAUUGCGCUGCCCAGAACCGCUAUGGCAUGCUGGUCAGCCGAAAGGCUCGUGUCCAACUGGCAUCCCUUCCAAAGUUUCAUACUCAUCCAGAGUCCAUGUCAGUUGAUGAGGGUGGUGUGGCACGUUUCCAGUGCGAGGUGAACAGUAUUCCAGAGGCUAACAUCACCUGGGAGAAGGACCAAAUGGUCAUCAGCACAUCAAAUGGAAGGUACACUUUUCUUCCUAUGGGUAUUUUACAGAUCACAGGGGUGAGGAAGUCAGAUGCUGGAGUUUAUCGUUGCGUUGCCAGAAACAUUGCUAACAUUCGCUACAGCCAUGAAGCCAUGCUCAAUGUCACUGGUGGAGCAUUGCGUAUCUACAAGGAACCAGUCAUCUUGUCUGGCCCACAAAACCUCACUAUUACCGUUCAUCAGACAGCAAUCUUGGAAUGUAUUGCUACUGGAAACCCUAGACCAAUUGUGUCUUGGAGCAGGCUUGAUGGAAGAUCUAUAGGUGUGGAAGGCAUUCAGGUUCUGGGAACAGGGAAUCUAAUGAUCUCUGAUGUGUCACUGCAACACUCUGGAGUGUAUGUGUGUGCUGCUAAUCGCCCUGGCACCAGGAUGAGACGAACUGCUCUUGGAAGGCUUGUAGUUCAAGCUCCUCCCGAGUUCCUCCAGUGGCCACAGUCUGUGUCUAAACCAGCAGGCGGCAGUGCUGUGUUCACUUGUGUAGCUCAAGGAGUUCCAGAUCCACACCUGAUCUGGCUAAAGAACGGCAAGAUUCUUACACCUGGAGACAACGUCAAGCUUACCAACAACAACAGCACCUUGGCAGUGACUCGUAUCACGUCAGAAGAUGAGGCCAUUUAUCAGUGCAUUGCUGAGAACAGUGCCGGCACCAACCAGGCGAGUGCCCGUCUAGCUGUGUCUCUGGCCAAAGAGCUGCCUGACUCCCCUCAGGCCCUGAAAGCCACACCUCUGUCCAAAACCAGCCUGCAGCUUUCCUGGAUUCAGCCUCCGAUAGAGGUGACCGAUAGCAUUAUCGGAUAUGUGCUGCACAUCCGCAAAAUUGGCGAGCCAGAUAGUAAAGAGCUACAGGAGGCAGUCAGCAAGACAACCUACCAGCAUGACCUCAACAACCUGGAGCCUGCCACCACCUACUCUGUUUACCUGAAAGCGUACUCACCAAUGGGUGCUAGUGCAGAGUCCAACACUGUGGUUGCUACAACACUAGGGGGUGUUCCCACUCCAUCUGCAUUCUUCACUAAGGUGGUGAACUUAACAUCAGUGCAAGUGCUGUGGGAAUUGCCCAACAAGGCAGGGAAAGCUGAGGGAUUCAGACUGUCAUAUCGCAGGGUCCCACAUGGAGACUUCCAGGGCCCAGUUCAAAUGUCCUGCCACACUAAUGCCCACACCAUUGCUCACCUUGAUCCUGGUGCUGUGUAUGAAGUCAAGCUAGUGGCCUUCAAUGGCAAUGGAGAGAGUGAUUGUUCCAAGCGACUAGUGUCACUGGCAGAGGAUGGAACCGCGGCUAAAACCAGUGCUGGUGAGGAGACCCAGUGCAACUGUAGGGACGCUGAGGGCUCACUGGGAGGGGUGGUGGUUGGAAUCCACAUUGGCUUGGCCUGCAUCAUCUUCUGUGUGCUGUUCCUCAUGUUUGGAUACCGCCGCAGUUUCCUCUGCAGAAAAGGGUCCAAGAACAGUUGGUCUGUGCCUAGUGGAGAGGAAGGAGGACUCCAUGCUCAAAACAAUGGACUGCCUAAACCAGGAGUGUUGCAUCCAGCUCAAGCCAUGGAACUAAUGCCUCAGGGUCAAAACCAGGCUUUUCCAACACAGUGCCAGGUUCUCAUAGAGCAGCACUCAAACAGCACUCUGCCGGGAACAGAUGCAGGCACUGGCUAG